AUGACACCUCAGCCCAAAAUCCUCAUCUGGGGCAAAGGCGGCUGGAUCGCCACGCACCUCAAGCAGCUCCUAGAGCGCCAGAUCCCCGAGGUCGAGGUCGCUGAGACUGCAAUCCGCAUGGAAAAUCGCGAAGCCGUCCUGGCCGAGCUGGACCGCGUCAAGCCCACGCACGUCCUCAACUGCGCCGGCAAGACAGGACGACCCAACGUCGACUGGUGCGAGAGCAACAAGGAGGCCGUGAUCCGGAGCAAUGUUGUGGGCGCGCUGAAUCUGACGGACUGCUGUUAUUUGCGCGGGGUCCAUGUUACGCAUUUUGCUACGGGGUGUAUAUACACGUACGACGAAGCCCACCCGAUCGGUGGACCGGGUUUCAAAGAGACAGACAAACCCAACUUUGCGGGAUCCUUUUACUCUAGGACAAAAGGUCAUUUUGAACAGCUGGCCUCCGUCUACCCAUCCACAUUGAUCCUACGCCUCCGCCUCCCCAUCUCCGACGACCUUCACCCACGCUGCCUGAUUACAAAGAUCACCGCAUACGAGCGCGUAAUCAACAUCCCGAACUCGGUGACUGUACUACAUGAUCUCCUCCCGGUAGCCGUGCGUCUCGCGCUGGGCAGCGAAACAGGGAUCUACAACUUCACGAGCCCUGGGGCUGUCUCGCAUAAUGAGAUCUUGGAGAUGUAUCGCGAGAUCAUCGAUCCUGCGUUCCGAUGGGAGAACUUCACGGUGGAGCAGAUGCGCCAUGUUGUUGUUGCGGAGCGCAGCAACUGUGCGCUUGAUGUGAGUAAGUUGGAGGCUAAAGCCAGGGAGUUUGGGAUUGAGAUUUCGAAUGCAAGGGAGGCGGUUAGGCGGUCUUUGGAAAGGAGUAAGGGGCUGUAG